UUCUGGGGUGGCGUGUGUGACCCUCCUCAGCUCUUCCCCGUUCUGCUUAGGCUUUCUCCCUCCAGUGUGUCCCUGGGGUCCAGAUAGGGGAGGGUCUAGGCGAAGGCGCGGCACAGCCUGAGCCUGCAGUCUUGGAGCUCACACACCGGCAGAAGAAGGGGGCUCAAGGCCGGCAGGUUCUCCGUUUCUUCUCUUGCAAGCUUUUGUGUCUGUGCCUUAGAGCUGCAAGGAGGGUGCACUGGGGAAGGAGGAGGGGUGCUUAGGGUGAGAGCACCCCCUUCAAGCGCGCGCACACACACACACACAUUGCCGGUGCACGCACACACAGGCGGACACACACUUCAGACGCGCGCGCGCGCGCGCGUUCACACACACACACAUACACACACACACACACACACACACACACACACGCACGCACAAAGCUCUCUCGCUUUGAGCGCACUAACGUGGCCGCUUUCUUUGUGUGGAGCCCUCGACUGGGGUUGGGACCCCGGUCCUGUCCCGGGGAGAUGGCGCAGCCCAUCUUGGGCCAUGGGAGCCUACAGCCCGCUUCAGCUGCUGGCUUGGCAUCCCUGGAGCUCGACUCAUCGAUGGACCAGUAUGUACAGAUUCGUAUCUUCAAAAUCAUCGUGAUUGGGGACUCCAACGUGGGCAAGACCUGCCUGACUUUCCGCUUCUGCGGGGGUACUUUCCCAGACAAGACUGAGGCCACUAUCGGUGUGGACUUCAGGGAGAAGACCGUGGAAAUCGAGGGCGAGAAGAUCAAGGUUCAGGUGUGGGACACAGCAGGACAGGAACGCUUCCGUAAAAGCAUGGUGGAGCACUACUACCGCAACGUGCAUGCCGUGGUCUUUGUCUAUGACGUCACAAAGAUGACCUCCUUCACCAACUUAAAAAUGUGGAUCCAAGAAUGCAAUGGGCAUGCUGUGCCCCCACUAGUCCCAAAGGUGCUUGUGGGUAACAAGUGUGACUUGAGGGAACAGAUCCAGGUACCCUCCAACUUAGCCCUGAAAUUUGCUGACGCCCACAACAUGCUCUUGUUUGAGACAUCAGCCAAGGACCCCAAAGAAAGUCAGAACGUGGAGUCAAUUUUCAUGUGCCUGGCUUGUCGACUGAAGGCUCAGAAAUCCCUCUUGUAUCGUGAUGCUGAGAGGCAGCAAGGCAAGGUGCAGAAACUGGAGUUCCCACAGGAAUCUAACAGUAAAGCUUCCUGUCCUUGUUGAAACCAAAUAGUGUAAAUACAAGAGAAUUAGCAUUGGAGUUUUUCUUUCCCUUUUUUUCUGUGCCUGCAUAAUGCUGACACCUGCUUGUUUCCAUACAAACUGAUAUCAAAAUAAACUUUGUAUAGAUUAUCACA